AUGGAGGCUCUGCCCUGCACCCUGCACAGCCCCCAGGAAACUGGCUUUAUAAAGGAUGGAGACCUCAUGAUCUCAGGACUUUUCCCAGUUCACACAGCUUGGAUCGAUACCAAAUACCUAUUUACAGAAAGAAACCCGCCCUUGACAUGUUCAUCAUUUAGCACCGUAUUAUACAGUUAUGUUCAAGCUAUGGUGUAUGCCAUUGAGGAGAUUAAUGCAAACGAUUCCCUUCUUCCCAACAUCUCCUUGGGAUACAAAAUUUUUGACUCCUGUAUGCAUUUGUUCCAAAGUCUAAGAGGCACACUGUGGGCUCUCACAGGGCAAGACCACCCCAUACUUAACUACGAGUGCCACCCUAAUGUUCCCAUUGCUAUUAUUGGAGAUGCCACUUCAGGGACUUCAGUCGCAAUGGCAACUCUUCUGGGUGUCUACAGGUACCCUCAGGUUAGUUAUUCUGCUUCCAUGUCCUCUUUCAGCAACCACUUUUUGUAUCCUUCAUUCUUCCGUACCAUUCCAAAUGAUGCCAUGCAGUCUUUGGCUUUAGCACAUCUUAUUUCCUACAUGGGUUGGACUUGGGUGGGCUUGAUAUCAUUGGAUGAUGACUAUGGUAUUGACGGGUCCCAUGUUUUAAAACAGGAGCUCUAUAAACUGGCAGUGUGCAUAGCAUAUCACGAGUCCUUUGGGAUAGAAAGUUCUUCCAAAAGGAUCCAGUCAGUUGCCAAUAUAAUUGACCAGUCAUCUGCUAGAGUUGUCAUCAUCUACUCCAGGGACCCCUUUGUUAGUAUGCUGAUGGAAUAUUUUGUAGAAAGACAGGACACAAAGAGGAUCUGGUUGGCUACUACUGGAUGGUCAAAUUCACAGAUGCUCCCCACAAAACUGUUCAGUCAUACUGUGAUGGGGACCCUGGGCUUGUCAUUACAUCAAGCUGAAAUGCCAUGGCUCAAGAAAUUUCUACUUAACAUCCACCCCUCCACCUCACUUCCUUAUGAUAUCUUCAUAAAGACCUUCUGGGAAAUGGUCCACAAUUGCCAGUGGCCUGAAGAAUAUUCAGUAGUCACAAAUGGAACUGUUUGGUGUACGGGUGAAGAGAAACUGCUUAGGUUCAAGUCUAGUGUAUAUGAAUUUGAUGAGUUUGACUUCAGGGUGUAUCACCACCUGAGGAAGGUCUCUUUUGUCAAUAGGAUGGGGGAGCAGAUGUACUUUGACCAGCAUGGAGAUCCACCUGCUUAUUUUGAUAUAGUGAACUGGCAAAGGAGCCAAGAUGGCACCAUUCAGUUUCUGAAGGUUGGAUGGUACGAUGCGAGGGCACCACUGGGGAAGGAGAUUGUCAUUAAUACCACAGCCAUCCAGUGGAUCACAGGAGAUACAGAGGUUCCACCCUCGGUGUGCAGUGAAAGUUGUGCCCCUGGAUACCGGAAAGCUGCCGAGAAAGGCCAACCCAUCUGCUGCUUUGAUUGUAUUCGCUGCUCUGAAGGGGAAAUAUCCAACCAAACAGAUUCCAGUAAUUGCUUUCCUUGCACUGCUGAGACAUGGCCCAAUGAGGACAGAACUGAGUGCCUGCCAAAGCCUGUAGAUUUCCUUUCCUUUGAGGAGCCCCUUGGCAUCACCAUUACCUGCACUACCAUCUUCAGUUCCUUCAGCACAUUGACCAUCCUUUGUGUCUUCAUCAGAUAUAAGGACACUGCCAUUGUCAAAGCCAAUAACCGUGAUCUUACUUAUGUCCUCUUGGGCUCACUAUCAUUGAGUUUUCUCUGCCCCCUGCUUUUCAUUGGACAACCUCAUAGAUUUACUUGCCUCUUCCGCCAGGUGACUUUUGGAGUCAUCUUUGUGCUCAGUGUUUCAUGUGUCUUAGCCAAGACCGUUAUGGUUGUCAUUGCCUUCCGAGCUACCAAACCUGGAAGCAACAUGAGAAGGUGGCUGGGGCCAAUUGUUCCAGGCUUAAUAGUAUCUGCCUGUACAAACCUUCAGCUCUUCAUUUGUAUCUUCUGGAUGUUGUACUGCCCUCCAUUCCCUGAAAGAAACUCCAGGAUCAAGAUUGGGGUCAUCGUAUUCCAGUGUAAUGAAUGUUCGGACACACUGCUAUGGUGCAUGGUUGGAUGCAUGGCUUUUCUGUCCUGUGUCUGCUUCCUGGUGGCAUUUCUGGCAAGGAAAUUACCAGAUACCUUCAACGAAGCCAAGUGGAUCACCUUCUCCAUGUUGAUAUUCCUCAGUGUUUGGAUUGCCUUUGCCCCUGCCUAUCUCAGUACUCAGGGCAAAAACAUGGCAGCAGUAGAGGUGUUUGGUAUCAUCUGCUCAAGUGCUGGCAUCCUUGUUUGCAUUUUCCUUCCCAAAUGUUAUAUUAUAUUACUAAGGCCCGACCUCAACACACGUGGGAAUAUUCUGAACAACAGGUCAACUUACAAUACAUAG